CCAUAAGUCAUUUAGAUUACUAUUUGUCUUUGCCCUCAAAUACAGAAAGACAAGGGUGAUUGCAAAAAAUAUGCAACAAGUGAUCCUUUGUUGUUCACCAAAACACCUAGCAACACCAAGCCUUUUUCAACACAAACAGUGUUGUACUGCAGACCAAAGAGCAUUUUCUCCUCAGCUGAAAAGUUAAGAUGAAGUGUGCUGCGGUAAUAGCUGUAGUUCUAGCUAUGGCAUGUGUAGGUCUAGCAGUCAACUGUUACAUUUGCUCUGCCGUUGGUUGUGGAGAAGAAAUAGAUCUCACUUCAAGUUUAGUCACCAUAAGAUACUGCACCCAUGGUUGUUUUAAAACUAAAGUUAUUGCUGGGAGUGGAUCUUUAAGUAUGACAUCCUAUGUUCGAGGUUGUAACCAAUCUCCUAAAAGUGCCGGCUGCAGCAAGAACUACAAUGCAAGUGCUGGGAUAGCCACUGUCAGUGGCACCACUUGUUUCUGCACCACAGACCUCUGCAAUGCAGGUUCAUCUGUGACUGCCACACCAUCUAUGAUCUACGUGUACAUAUUGUGUACAGCAAAAUUUGUCUUUUUAGCUUUAAACUGACUAUGGGCUUUGAUGGCAUGAGCUGUAAAUAGUGUGCAAGGCUAAUUAUUUUAAAGCUAAUUUUAAAAACUUAUGGUUGCCCACAAGAUAGAAAAUGCACAGC